GUGAUGCCUUGUUGGUGAGGUUUGGAAGAAUGAAGAACGACCAGGAUGGCUCGAGUUGCCUUCCCAGGCACGUGUAUGCAAAUCCCAACAACCCAUCGAUUUGCGCAGUUUUAAGCCUUGCAGUUUUGGUGUUUUCCAAGGGAUCACAGCGUGACAUCAAGUCCACGCUUGUUUUUGGGUCGAACGCGAAGGAACGAUUCUCUGCUUGGGUCGUGCGAACGUGUGAGCAGCACAGGGACGUCAUCAUGGGCAUGGGCCUGUCCAUCAAUGACGUUGGGACGCAUUCGUUUCGCAAAGGAGUGUCAACAGCACUGUCGAACACCCCUGGUGGACCCGAAGCCGUUGCUGUGUGGUUGCGCGCUGGAUGGAGUCUGGGCAGUGUUCAAAAGAGAUACAUAUUUGCCGGUGCUGGUGGCGAUCAACACGUCGGGCGCGCUGCAGCAG